CAUGGCAUGAAGAAAGGUAACACCCAUAGUGAACCAUCGGUAGGAUCGCUGAGCUCCGCGUUGCUGUGCCGCGAUCAUUGCUACUAGCAGGAGGAGCCGCUGUUCGCUACUGCCUCAUACUUCAUCGCUGUUCGCUCUUCGUGGAGCUGAAACUGUUCGCUAUAGUCUGCUGCAGCCGGCUUCGCUCCGCUACUGUCUGCUCCGCUACAGUCUGAAUCCUUCUACUGGGACACGCCGCUGUCCAGCAUGUCGAUCUGGAACUAUGUCGUCACGGCGCAUAAGCCGACAGCUGUCACGCACUCAUUGGUCGGCAGCUUCACGGGGUCCCACGACAUGAAUCUAAUCGUUGGCAAGUCCACGAGAAUGGAGAUCUACCUUCUCACCCCACAGGGCCUUCAGCCCCUAGUAGACGUGCCCCUCUACGGCCGCAUCGCCACCAUGGAGCUCUUCAGACCACCGGGCGAGUUGAAGGAUCUGCUGUUCAUCUGUACGGAGCGAUACAAGUUCUGUGUGCUGGAGUACGAUGCCGAGUCCAGGGAGCUCAUCACACGGGCCAAUGGCGACGUCUCGGAUCGAAUUGGCCGACCAACAGACAACGGCCAGAUCGGCAUAGUGGACCCGGACUUCCGCAUCAUAGGGCUGCAUCUGUACGACGGGCUCUUCAAGGUCAUCCCCAUCGACUCCAAGGGCCACCUCAAGGAGGCCUUCAACAUUCGCCUGGAGGAGUUGCAAGUGAUCGACAUCAAGUUUCUGUACGGCUGUGAGCGGCCCACCAUCGCUGUGCUCUACCAGGACAACAAGGAUGCCAGACACGUCAAGACAUACGAAGUGCAGGUCCGAGACAAGGACUUCUCGGACGGCCCAUGGCUGCAGAGCAAUCUGGACGGCGGGGCGGCGCUGAUCAUCCCGGUGCCGGCGCCCAUGGGGGGCGCCAUCAUCGUGGGCGAGCAGAGCAUUGUGUAUCACAAUGGGGGCAAUGUCAAGGCACUGCCCAUGCGCCCGUGUUUGGUGGAGGCAUAUGGUCGCGUGGAUCCUGACGGCUCGCGCUACCUGCUGGGGGAUCACAUGGGCACGCUCAUGCUGCUGGCGCUCAGCAGAGACAAGGACAGAGUGGUGACCAUGAAGCUGGAGACACUGGGCUCGGUAUCGUCACCUUCCACCAUCUCGUAUCUUGACAACGGAGUUGUCUUCCUUGGCUCUGCACACGGCGACUCUCAGCUAGUGCGCUUAUCGGAGCAACCAGCAGCAGGGGGCGGGUAUGUGGAGGAGUUGGAGCGGUUUGUGAAUCUGGGGCCCAUAGUGGACAUGGCAGUGGUGGACCUGGACCGCCAGGGGCAGGGCCAGCUGGUUACCUGCUCGGGGGCCUUUGGGGACGGGUCUCUUCGCGUCGUGAGGAACGGCAUCGGGAUCAACGAGCAGGCGACCGUGGAGCUUGAAGGAAUCAAGGGCAUGUGGUCGCUGCGGCGGGGCACGUGGGACGCGCACGACACGUUCCUGGUGGUGGCGUUCAUCAGCGAGACGCGGUCGCUGGCCAUCAACGACGAGGACGAGCUCGACGAGACCGACAUGCUCGGCUUUGACUCCAACGCUCAAACCCUAUUCUGUGGGAAUGUGGCGCACGACCAGAUUGUCCAGGUGACGUCCUCCGAGCUGCGCCUGGUGGACGCGCACUCACUGCAGCAGGUGGCAGACUGGAAGGCACCGGCUGGCGUGUCCAUCAAUGUGGCCACGGCUAACCUCUCACAGGUCCUUCUUGCCACAGGCGGCGGCACGCUGGUGUAUGUGGAGGUGGGGGAGAAGUCGCUGACUGAGAAGGCCCAUGUCACUCUGGAGCAUGAGAUAGCGUGUCUCGAUGUCAGCACGCUCACUGACGACAACAGCAUGGCGGAUGGCACUGUUCCCAGGGCAGGUCUGGCGGCGGUGGGCAUGUGGACGGACAUGAGCAUCAGGGUGCUGCGGCUGCCGGGGCUGGAGGAGGUGCACAAGGAGGUGCUGGGGGGGGACGUCAUCCCGCGCUCCGUGCUCAUGUGCUGCCUGGAGCAGGUGCCGUACCUCCUGUGUGCGCUGGGCGACGGCCAUCUCUUCAACUUCCAGCUGGACCGCGAGUCCGGCCAGCUGUCCGACCGCAAAAAGGUGUCUCUGGGCACGCAGCCCAUCGCGCUGCGCACCUUCCGGUCGCGCGAUGCCACACAUGUGUUUGCGGCGUCCGACCGGCCGACAGUGAUCCACAGCAGCAACCGCAAGCUGCUGUACUCGAACGUGAACCUCAAGGAGGUCACGCACAUGUGCCCCUUCAACUGCGCCUCGUUCCCUGAUAGUCUAGCACUAGCGAAGGAGGGCGACCUCACCAUCGGCACCAUCGACGACAUCCAAAAGCUUCACAUCCGCACCGUGCCUCUGAGGGAGCAGCCCCGCCGCAUCUGCCACCACGAACAGUCACACUCCAUUGCAGUCACCACCAUUAAAGUCAGCCUGAUCAAUGGAGAGGAAGCGGAGAGCCACUUCGUACGGCUGCUGAGCGAUCAGACCUUCGACCAGCUGUCCCACCUGCCUCUCGAGCCCUUCGAGAACGGCUGCUCCAUCAUCUCCUGCUGCUUUGCAGACGAUCCAACGGUCUACAUCGUUGUCGGCACCGCCUUCGCCUUCCCAGACGAGCAAGAACCCACCAAGGGUCGCAUCCUAGUCCUGUCAGUAGAGGGGGGUAAACUCCAUGUGGCUGCAGAAAAGGAGACCAAGGGCGCAGUGUACAACUUAAACGCGUUCAACGGCAAGCUGCUGGCGGGGAUCAACAACAAGGUGCAGCUCUUCCGAUGGGCGGCGCGGGACGACGGCGCGCGGGAGCUGCUGGUGGAGUGCGGGCACUUCGGACACAUCCUGGCGCUGUAUGCCGCUUGUCGGGGGGACUUCAUCGUUGUAGGGGACCUGAUGAAGAGCAUGUCGCUGCUUGUGUAUAAGCAAGAGGAGGGUGCGCUGGAGCUGCGUGCGCGGGACUUCAACGCCAACUGGAUGACAGCUGUCGAGAUCUUGGACGAUGACGUGUACAUCGGCGCCGAGAACAGCUUCAACCUCUUCACUGUGCGCAAGAACGGCGACGCGCCCACGGACGAGGAGAGAGGCCGCCUGGAGGUGGUUGGCGAGUACCACUUGGGCGAGUUUGUGAACCGCUUCCGCCACGGGUCCCUGGUGAUGCGGCUACCGGACUCAGAGACAACCAACAUCCCCACGGUGCUCUUUGGCACUGUCAGCGGCGCCAUCGGUGUCGUCGCCUCGCUGCCGCAAGACCUCUUUUCCUUCCUGCACCGCCUGCAGGUGUGCCUGACCAAGGUCAUCAAGGGCGUCGGCGGCCUGUCUCACGCGGAGUGGCGCAGCUUCCACAACGAGCGCAAGACGGUGGACGCCAAGAGCUUCAUCGACGGGGAUCUGGUGGAGGCGUUUCUGGACCUCAAGCGGGGCAGGAUGGAGGAGGUGGCGGGGCAGAUGAACGUGUCGGUGGAGGAGCUCUGCAAGAAGGUGGAGGAGCUGACCCGGCUGCAUUAGGCACGCACUAGCACUGGGGAAGGGAGGGGGGAUCUGGUGGAGGCGUCCUCCAGGCGGGAGCUUGAUUGACGGGGAUCUGGUUGAGGCGUUUUUGGAUCUAAAGAGGGGCAGGAUGGAAGUGGUGGCCGCACAGGUGAACAUGUUGGUUAAGGAGCUGUGCAAGUGGAUGAGCUAACCAGGAAGGUGUCCUGGCUGGAUGAAUAUGGUCCGUGAGUCGACUCACACGUACCUGAGCAGUGCAGGAUGGAGGAUGUGGCGGCUGCAGCAGAGGAACGAGUCGGUUGAAGAGCGUUGCAAGAAGGUGGAAGAACUAACCAGGCUGCCCUGAGGUGCCUCUUGAGUUGACUCCAACGAAGAGAGGGAGCAGACUAGCGUGAAGCUGCCGUGAAACAAUGUGGAGGAAGUGGGAGCAGGCUGCGCUAGGCACACCAGUGCUGGGGGGAGAGAGCGGAAGGUGGGCAUGCUGGAGAAGUUGCGCUUGCUGGAGGAGCUGAUGUGUGAGCAGGUGUGGGUGUGGGACCUGACCAGUCACCCACCUGCUCUAGGACGACUCCACAGUUGACUGAUUUGGCUGACUCCGCUUUUCAGGGUAGUGAAGGUGGUGGUGGGGCAGAUAAACGCGGAGAAGUUGUGGAGGUGCUAUGCUAGUCUGCGAUAGGUACAGUGGAAGGAGAGAGGCUUGGGACGGGGGGGAUCUGGGGAUUACCUGGCACAGCUUACCGUAGCCCAAGACUGCUGGUUUGGAAUGGAAAAGUCAAUGGUUUACUAGGAUUGCAUGGCAUGCCGUAGCUGAUGAAAUGAAGCAUUCUUACAUGGUGUAUGUUGGAAAUACCUCAAGGACUUAAGC